AUGUCUGUAAAGUGGACUGGUAUUCACAGUGAGUCAGGUAUUUUACGAAAAAGUGAGUUUAAAGAGAAGAAAGAAGAGUUAUUCGUGUUCGGCUACUCGUGCAAAUUGUUCAGGGACGAUGAUAAAGCCCUGCACAUUGAUCAAGGCAAACACCUCAUACCAUGGAUGGGGGACGAAUCCUUGAAAAUCGACAGAUAUGAUGCGCGAGGUGCUUUACAUGAUCUGACCUCGCUGGAGGCACCACCUGGCGGCUAUGAUUGGCGUGUGGAGCUCACCAAGAACGAGUUGGAUGUGGAACAGCUUUGUGAUGAAGAGAGAUAUCGGGCCCUUCAUACUAAUGAGGAUGAAGAGGAAAUGUAUAAAGAAGAAGAGUUGAAACGUCUGCAUGCGGCUGGCUAUGGGCAGGUGGGGUUCAACUAUGAGAUGCCGGCUGAGACUGAGACACUGCCAAAUCCUCCGCCGCAGGAAGUGGAUGAACCCUUCUUACCCACACCAGCUUUCAAGGCACUGCUUUCACAUGAUGUAAUAAUUCCAGAAUCACAGAAGCAAAAUGCAAUUAUUGAGAAGACAGCAAAGUUUAUUGCAUCGCAAGGCGCCCAGAUGGAGAUACUUAUCAAAGCGAAGCAAGGGGACAAUCCACAAUUCCAGUUCCUGAAUAAAGACUCCACACUGCAUGCUUACUACACAGCACUCAUUGGCUUAGUUAAGAGUGGCAAGUGGCCUGAAAAAAAACCUGAUAUUGUAGAAGAGAAACAACCUGAAUUAUCUGAUGAAUAUCUACAUCCAAGCUUAGCAUCAACAGUGAUUGAAGCUGCGCCGUCGAUCCCGAGCAUCGCGUACCGUCCGUCCGCGGACUGCGACUACACGCUGCUGGUGUCGCGGCUGCGUGGCUCACCGCCGCCGGGAGACGCGCCGCCGCCCGCCCCCGCCGCGCGCCCCACGCCCGCCGGCACGCCGCCGCCGCCCGGCACCGCGCCGCUGCCGCCCCGCGCGCCGCCCGCCCCAGUCGCGCCGCCCGCCCACCGCCCGGACAUCGCUCGUGCGCCCGUCAUGUACACACAACCUCCGACUACAGAAGCAAUACAACAAGCACAAUACAAUCAAUACGCAGCGUACUACCAGCAGUGUAUGUCUGCACAGACGACCGCGCCGGUGCCAACACAGAAGCCGGCUGCGAAGGAGUCUCCUGUCAUCUCUCCUACCAAAUCCACGGGCCUCAGUUUAAUGAAGAACUACAAUUCCGACACUGAUAGUGACUCUGAUUCUGACGUAAGCUCUUCCAAUGAUAGUAAAGAAAAAUCAAAUGUGUUAAAGCCGCCCGAGGAAGUCCAACUUGUGAUUGACAAGAUGGCAGCAUAUGUCGCUCGCAAUGGCGACGAGUUCGCAGAAAUUGUUCGGGCCAAAAAUGACCCACGGUUCACCUUCCUCGAACCUGAUAAUGUAUAUCAUGCAUAUUAUAAGAAAUUAAUGCAAGAGAAGCGGGGGAUUAAUGUAAAUGGUACUGAAAAACUGAAAAGUAAUGCUGUGGUAUCGUUUUCAAUAAAGAAGCAUAAAGAGCCAGAUCCGAUUUUACCAAAGCCAGCUUUGCCUUAUGAAUCCAGCUCAGAAGAUGAAUCAGAAAGCGCUAAACAAGAUAAACCAGAAGAAACUGAGAGAAAGGACUUGCCUAAAACAAAUAUACCUGAAGUGCCUUCAAUUAACAAUAUACCACCAGUUGUAGUGUACAAACUGGAAGGCACUCAAGCUAAUAACCUUCCUAUAGUCAAAGCUAUUGAACCAACACCGGUAGUAAAACAAACACAACUUGCACCAGUUGUUGUACCUGAAAUAAAAGAGCUACCAAAAAUUGUGGAGCAACCGGUAAUACAAGAAAACUCAGUAAAACUUAAUACACCGACACCAGAAAAAGUUGAGGGAAUGAUAGAAAAAAUUGAAGUGCCAUCACAAAAAAAGGAAGUUGUAGUCAAGGUUAAAUCAAAACACAGGGAAAGUGCUGAUAGCAGAGAUAAGAGAAAACAUGAACACAAAAGGGAAUAUAGAUCAAAAUCAGAAAGCAGAGAAUAUAGAAGAUCAGAAAGGAGGAAUGAUGAAAGAGAGAAAAAAGAAAAAGACGGUGUUAGAGAGGCAAAGAGAAGAAAACCAUUGAAGGAAGAGUUAGAUAGUGAAAUAAUUUCAUUAGUAGACAAUUCUGAUGACUUGAUAGACCUUACGGGAGACCAAUCAGAUUCCAAAGGUGGCGGCGAAAGCGAGAGCGGUGCGGGUAGCGGGGCGGCGCGGGGAGCGGGGCGUGCGGCGGCACUGCGGCGUGCUGGCCUGCCCGCUGCCGCGGCCGCCGCGCUGCCGGCCGGUUCGCUCGCCAGCGCCAUGGUGGACACUUUGGAGUCCCUCAGGAAGAAGAAAGCAGAAGAGGAAGAAAAGCGACGCCGGCGCGAAAAACGGAGACGAAGGGAGAAACGAGAGUACGAAGAAGAAUCAACCAGGCACAGGAAGAGUAAACGUAGGAGGCAUAAGUCGUCCGACGAGGAGCACUCAGACUAUGACGGGUCUAAAAAGAAGAAGCGCAAAAAAGAGAAGAAACACAGUUCCAGAGAUAAGAGAAAGCGAAGGAAAGAGAUAGAAUUAGAAGAUGAAAUAAUGCCGAUAAACAUUGAUUUGACUAAUACACUUAAAGAACUUCGCACGGCUUCUCCUACCAAGGAACUAGGUUUGGACAAAGAAAUAGAUGAUGCUCAACACUCUUUUGUCAGAAAUGAAUCCUCAGAUGAUGAUUUAGAAGAAAAAGAUCGCCCAAAGGAAAGGAAAAAGAAGAAAAAAGAAAAUAGGGAAUACAGUGAGGGGGAGUGGUCGAGUGACAGCAACGAAGAAUCUAGUUCACCUGAUUGA